UGUUUUAGAUCUACAAGUACACAAUAAAGAUAAUGCUACGUACGGUUUGUUACUUACAAGUUUAUUCAUCAUGGCGGAUGCUAAUGCGGUUGCAACAGAACAAAAUGUGCCAGCUAAUAAUGCUAAUCAGCAGCCUGCAAGACCCAAUGGCUGGUCUGUUGUGAAGACGCUUAUCAUUCGAAUGGUAUUCAUCUAUUUCAUUGCAAGUAUGUUCAGGCGAACACCGCAACCAGAGACUAAGAUUGUGGAUGGGCAACCUGUUCCUGAAGCUAGACCCUCAACAAACAUUUUUGAGAAAUUCACACCGAUGGACAUGUAUGUGUACGUCUCAGAACAAGAGGACUUUACGGACUUCAAAAAUGAAAAAAGUUUGUUUUGGUUGGAGAGAGGGUUGAUCUAUGGAGAUUGGACAGGUGGAGCUAAUAAAGACGGCACUUUUGAUAUCUCUGGCCAGAUAGAAGCUUCUGAGGCUGUACAAAACAAUGGCUCCCUGUACAUCCACGUCUACUUUGUGAAAGAGGGCAUGUCACCUGACCCAAGUGAUCGUUCAUUAAAAACCUACUCCAAAAAAUACACAGCCUAUAAAUCAAAAAGGCUGAAUAAAUUUAAAAAGCGAAGAUUCCACAAGACAGUUAAUCUCCUAACUGGUCAGACUGAUGUGCACCCUGACCUCGUUCAAAAAGAAAACUCUUCCACAUUUGAAAUACUCUCCCACUGGCACCCGAAUUUGACCAUCAAUCUCCUCGAUGAUCAUUCUCCAUGGACAUCUGGGUCAGUGCCAUCACCGCUGGAUGAAUACAUUGAGUUUCUGCCGGGCUCCAACAAAUACUAUCCGGUUAUUUAUUUGAAUGAGUAUUGGAAUCUGAAUGCUGACUACAUGCCAAUCAAUGACACUACCAAGCUGUUGAAUUUGACCUUGACCUAUAGUCCCAUGUCUUUAUUUAAAUGGCAAAUGUAUGCAGCUCAAGGUAUGCGUAACAAAUGGGUGAAUAUGCUCGGCUCUGAUGGUAAUGAAGACGAGGAGGAUCAAGACUCCCUGAAGGUAGCCUUCCUUGAGACCAGUCCAUACCUCCUGGCAUUAACGAUAGUAGUGUCUAUACUGCACAGUGUCUUUGAGUUUCUGGCUUUUAAAAAUGAUAUUCAAUUCUGGAAAAGUCGUAAGUCUCUGGAGGGCCUCUCAGUUCGCUCUGUCUUCUUCAAUGUGAUACAGUCUCUGAUUGUGUUGCUGUACAUUAUGGACAAUGAAACCAACACAGUGGUCAAGAUCAGUGUCUUUGUUGGGCUCUGUAUUGAGAUUUGGAAAAUCAACAAAGUGGUCACUACAAAAAUUGACAGAGAAAACAAACUGUUUGGUGUAAUCCCAAGAUUAAAAUUGUCAGAGAAAUCGACAUACACAGAAUCACAUACAAAAGAAUAUGACAUUAUGGCAUUCCGUUAUCUCUCUUGGUUGUUGUAUCCUCUGUUGGGUGGCUAUGCAAUUUACUCCUUAGUGUACCAAGAACACAAGGGCUGGUACUCUUGGGUACUUAGCAUGCUGUACGGAUUUCUCUUAACAUUUGGUUUUAUAAUGAUGACCCCUCAGUUAUUUAUCAAUUACAAACUGAAGUCAGUGGCUCACCUCCCGUGGAGAAUGCUCACCUACAAAGCUCUGAACACAUUUAUUGAUGACAUUUUUGCCUUUGUUAUCAAGAUGCCCACAUUGUACAGGCUGGGCUGUCUCAGAGAUGACGUGAUUUUCUUCAUCUACCUGUAUCAAAGGUAUAUCUACUCAGUCGACCCUAAAAGGGUCAAUGAGUUCGGAACAAGUCAGGAGAUGCUGGAGACCAAUGGCCAAGUCGUCUCUGAAGGAAGUGGCGACGGCUCUCUGGAAAUCACAGAAGGGGAGACGUCUGCAGAUACAGACUUAGCUGGGGAGAAUGGCUCCAUACCAAAGUCUGAUGCAGACAAGAAGAAUGAAUAAAUGUUAUGUGUGUAGUGUAUUUGUAGACUGGUAUUUGUAUUUAACAGCAGGCUGUUGAGUUCAACAGGCUGUUGUAAUUAACAGCAGGCUGUUGAGUUUUGUAGCUUACUACAAGCUGUUGUGUUGUUGAAUUCAUUCAAUGGAAACAGCUGUUGUGGCUAAAUUAGAACCAUUCAGUUCUAACAUAUUUUAAAUUUAUCAGCAUAAAUUAAUCAGAAAAUCAUUUGAGAACUCAGUUGAGUUAUUCAGGGAGUCAGGCUUGUAACAAUACUAGACUGCUUCUAUCGGUAGGAUAUGUUAUAUUUACAAUGUUUUCAUUCAUCAGAACAAACCCACAACAAAGUUUUAUAGAAGCACUUUGUCCAAGUCAGAAUUUCAACAUACCUAGGUCACACAUGAAAUAAAAAGGUUCUUAUUGGGGGGGGGGGGGGGGGGGGGGUCAUGCCCUAUGAUCAAAAUAAAAAAAAAAAACCUGGAAAAAAAAUUUGAUUAGGGGGAAUGGCUACAAUGGAAGAGGUCAGUAAUUCUGUAAUUACAUUUCUAAUUUGUUGCUGUAAAAUUAAAACUAUAAAUCUAUAAAGCUAGUAGAAUUAACAAAACAAACUGUAUAUAAACUCUUGCUAAUUAGAAGAUGAAUGUGAUAUUUAGACUUUUGUUUUCAUUGACUUCCCUCCCCUAAGUGUUCAGAAAUCCUCUUCUGUAGUUGGCUGCAUGUUGAGUGUCCUCAGUUGGUUAGAAUUAUUAUGCGAGAGUGUGUCGUAGUCUGAAAGGUACCUGGGCGGACUUGAAGUGUGCCCCUUUCCCUCCUUGUUGUACAGAGAUAAUACUUUGGUGUCUUGUGAUUUGAGGUGUUGUCUGGACAUGAUAUGGGGGCUUGGUGUUCAGCUUCCCCUUACCCCCACCAAUGUCUAUACAAGUCUUUCUGGUUCUCCAUCUUGUGUUGUAAAUAUAUCUAUCACAUAAUCUACCCAUCAAGUGCAAGUAGACUUGCCUUGUAGAGUUAAACAAGAGCUAUUCAUAUUUUCUAAGCUAUAAAUACAUUGACUAAUGUGCAUGUCCAUGUGUCACCAACAAAACUGUUGCAUAACAUGGAAGAAAUGUUCACAUUUGAUUUGGAAGAGCUUACAUGGUAACUAAAGUGACUUGUGUGGCAGCAGUGAAUCAGAGCUAACAUGGUAACUAAAGUGACUUGUGUGGCAGCAAUGAAUCAGAGCUAACAUGGUAACUAAAGUGACUUGUGUGGCAGCAAUGAAUCAGAGCUAACAUGGUAACUAAAGUGACUUGUGUGGCCGCAAUGAAUCAGAGCUAACAUGGUAACUAAAGUGACUUGUGUGGCAGCAGUGAAUCAGAGCUAACAUGGUAACUAAAGUGACUUGUGUGGCAGCAGUGAAUCAGAGCUAACAUGGUAACUAAAGUGACUUGUGUGGCAGCAGUGAAUCAGAGCUUACAUGGUAACUAAAGUGACUUGUGUGGCAGCAGUGAAUCAGAGCUAACAUGGUAACUAAAGUGACUUGUGUGGCAGCAGUGAAUCAGAG